AAAACGAAAUGUACAUUUUUCACGAUUCUCGAACUUCACUCCAGUCAAAAAAAUUUCAUAUCUACAGAACGAAAAGUUCGGGAAGCCUAAAGAUUUGGAUUUAUAGGUUCUCAAACAUGCUCUACAAGAUGAAACUACUUAGAAAACAUUCUGAAAUGCUCAUUGAUCGCGCUUCUGUGAGAAACAGUCGUCUUUCUCGUGCAAUGGCUGGCUCCUAUAGAGAUGAUAUUCUCUGUUAUCCAUGAUUUAUACCUCAAUCGAUAGAGUAUACAGAACUAGUAAAAGCUCGAAAAGGAUUCAUCCCCAUGAUGCGCUAAAGUUAUAGCAUUUUUUCGUUUUCAAGCCGAAAACAGAAAUAGACAGUUUCGGUCUUCCAACUUUAUUAUUUGCUAAAUUAUGGAAUCUGCCGUUCUUAAGAAAAAUACAUGUGUUUCCGAAACAUCUGUAUUUUCUUAGGGAGAAAAAGCCCAAAAAACAACUUGUGUUUUUUGUCUCUAUUAUUUUGUUUUGUUAGAUUUGCACGCAUGUGACAAAUCAGGAAAUUUUUUCAAUAUAGAACAUGCUUAACUUGAAACUAAAUAUAGAGAUACAAUGUGAUUACCCAUGGGGAAAUUUUAGUAGGUACCGCGGUGUGUACACGCGUGAAAAAUAUAUUCCACUUGUGACAACGGGUGAACUGGUCACGAAAACGUUUCGCGUCAUAUUUUUUGCACGUGAACACAGGUGAAAGUCGUGAAGUGUAUAGUAGCCACACGUGAAUUUCUCAUGUUAAAAUUUCCGUAAAAAAAUAUCACUUGCGCGUAAAAGUUUCAACGUGUUUCAACGUGUAACUUAUGUGAAUUACUUCCAGUUUUCUGUGCAUCAUAAGAUAAUAUUCAUUUGCAUUUAAUACAUUGAACAAAUGGAAUAAUCUUUUGUUGAUCAUCUUGGAUACGUUGAAACGAAUUCCACCAUGUUGCUGUGCCUGUUUCAGGUUUAUUACAGGUUUGAAAUUGUCCGUUGUCUAACUUAACUUUAAUAUCAUUUUUUCUUUGUCUUUGUCUUUCCUUGGAGUACUCAUUCUUUCUUAUAAUCACUGAUUAUGAUAGAAAUUUAUUUUUAGAACUAUACUGAAGUGUACAAUACGUUUUAUGAGAAAAAUAUAUAUGACUGAAUUUUUGGACUACAGCUAAUUGUACAUAUAUGACACUGACGUAUUUUCAUUGUUCUGGGAAAUAUUUGUUUCGUACCUUCAAAACAGAAAUUGAACAUAUACGUUAUUGUUUGUUAUAUAAACCCACUGGCAUUUUUCGACCGAUAUCGUCUGACAUAUGAAACAAAGCAUCUCACAGAAAAAUGAAUAUGUCAGUUUGUUAUAUAUUUUCUUAUUUGAUUUAUAACUUCGAGACUAAAGCAAACUAAUAACAUUAGAUUUCCUCGGGUAUAGUCUAAAAAAAUCUAAUCCGUACCCGACAACUUUGUACCCGUACCCAACCCGUACCCGACGCUUUCGUACCCGUACCCAGCCUUCGGGUCGGGUCGGGUCGGGUUGCACAUCUCUACCUUGAACACGAAAAAAUGCUAUGACAUUUGAGCAAAGUACCAUGAGGCUUUACUAGCUCGAUAUACUCUAUCGAUUGAGGUAUAAAUCAUGAAAAACGAAGGGUAUUACCUCCAUAGGUUCCCUCAUAAUCACUUGUCGCGAAAACACAAUAACUAGAAAAUUAAAGAAAAAGGUUCAUGACUUUGAAUGAAUUCUUUAAAAUAAAAAUUCUUUUAAUCGAUUUUUAAGAAAAAUUUCUAUUUCUAAACUAGAGUACAUGAAAUUUUUUUCAAGGUACGGAUACCUCAUCUGUUACAAUGUUCUAUCUUGUACUCGAAUUAUGUGAUAAUAAAGCAGAAAUGAUUAUUUUGGAUGAAUUAAACCAAGCUACCUUAUCCCUCACCAGUCUUACUGAUGCUCUCAAGGAAUCAAUGCGAUUUAAACCUGUUGGUCCUGUGAUUAUGAGAUGUGCAAUUGAUUAUGAUAAAUAUAAUGGUAUUGAAAUUAAACGUGGAACAAAUAUAAUUAUUAAUUUAGUUGAUCUGCAUCGUCGAACAGAUGCAUAUCAUUCAUCAAAUGAAUUUAAUUUGAAAAAUGUUCAAGAUAAAGAGUUAUCAAAUACUGGUGAGAAUAUUAAUAAUUUUAUUCCAUUUGGUGCUGGACCAAAAGAAUGUAUUGGUAGAUGGUUAGCUAAAACAGAAAUGGAAGUGAUUAUUGAAAUAUUGAUUAAACAAUUUCGAUUUAAACGAGCAGAGGGAACAAAACCAUUGAAAGAACUGGAAACACGUUGGGAUAUUGCUCAACAGCCAACUUCUCCAGGAAUAUUAAUUGUACAAAAACGUUGCUAA